ACCAGACGUUUCUACAUUUUGGCGACGAGCGAUAAAAGUUACCCACGGAUUUGGACACUCCACCCCAGAAAAUUUUACUCGGACCCCCGUGAGAUGGCUUGGCCUAUGGUAAACCAGUUGAUCCCUCCGUUUGCCGAAGAUGCCGACGGACCAGUGUCUGCCCGCUGGGAGAAGUGGCGUGAACAUUUUGAAGCAUACCUAGCAUGGAAGGACGUUGACAAUCAGGAGGAAAAAUUCAAAUCCCUGAUGAUGUUCGGUGGACCAGACAUCCGGAAAGUGGUCAAGCAAGUUCAUGUUGACGAAUCACACGCUAUGGAGAACCGGUACCACAUUGCCAUGUCAAUGUUGGACGAUUACUUUGUACCGAGACUCUCGAAAACGUUCGAACGUCAGAAGUUCCGCGAGAUGAAACCAGCUGUAGGUGAAAAGUUUGACACUUUUUUCAUCAGACUGAAAAAGCAGGCAGCCUACUGUGAUUUUGGAGAUCAGCUGGAAAGCAUGGUAGCUGACCAAAUUAUUACAUCUACAACGGAUGUGAGUCUGAAGAGGAAGUGCCUGGAAAAAGACUUUAACUUCAAGGAGAUUGUAGCGAUCGGUCGUACCCGCGAGUCUGUUCAAAUACAGAUGAGCGAUUUGGACAAUCGGAACGGAAACUUACAAAAAGUCAGCGCUGUCGAAACGGAGGCCAAUGAAGAGUCAAUUUUGAAGGUACGCUCCAAACUCGGAGGACCAAGGCGGUUCAGAUGUUUCCGAUGCAAUGGCAGACAUGAUUCGAAAGAUCCAUCGUGUCCAGCCAAAUCACUCGAAUGCAGAAGUUGUGGUCAAGUGGGACACUUUUCCCGCUGCUGUUUUCUAAAAAGGAAGAAGACCAACGGACAACCGUCCCAGUACAAUCGUUUCGGAGCUUCCCGUAAACAAAAGCGAUUCGUACGAGAAGUAUCUGUAGAUGGAACCGAGCGCAACUCAGAUGUAGUUGAUCUUUUCCAUCUAGGAGCAGGAAAGAAGCUGGUUCCAGUAUCUGUUGGAGGAGUUUGUUUGAAGUUCGUGAUUGACACAGGAGCAGACGAAGACGUUUUAAGCGAAGCGGAUUGGGCUACGUUGAAACGCGUUGGGUUUGAAACAUACUCUAUCAGGAGAGGAAGCAACAAAGUAUUCAAUGCUUAUGGGAUAAAUACACCGUUGAAAGUGCUUGGUGAAGUCGACGCAGAAGCUAUGAUCGACGGUCGGAGUACCGACACUACGUUCUACGUGAUCCAGAAUGGGAAAUGCUCGCUUCUCUCAGGUGACACAGCAGUCAAACUUGGAUUGGUGAAAUUUUUGCAAGCAGUGAAUGAUGAAUCGUUCCCACAUAUGGAUGGUAUUGUUGCUAAUAUCAAAAUCGAUUAA